AUCUUCGCUACCCUCGCUAAGGGUUUCUUGCGGCACUAACUUGCCACUACAUCACGCGAAUCCUCUUUCCGGUACGGCCUUGAAGCCGACGUGUUCAUCUCAUGCAUGAUUCGGACAGAUGAUGACUUCUCGGUUUAAUGGGGGCAGUCGCGCCUGCCGAACAGCGGAAGUGGAAGGACUUCUCUAGGCAUGCACGCUCCAAGCAGCAUAACCUCUGACCUUUUUCGUCGGUAUGGAAGACUCUAAGCGACCUCGACGCACAAGCAGCCAUUCUACGGUCCGUGGCAUUGUCAGGACUCAGUCGGCGGCGCUGAGUAAUGGCUCCUCCAAUGCACAAGCCAGUCCACCCGUCCGUGCGACUCUUUGGAUACACGACGACAACUUCUCCACCGAAGACAUCCUGAUCAAUGAAGACUGUCUCGAAGGCUCUGGCAUCCACGAGGGCAGCUUGGUGGAGAUCCUUCCUGUGAGAGAGGCCUCGGACGUACGCGACUUCCAACCUCCCGAUACUGACACCGUUGAGCCAAAACGCAAUGGGCUCCCGGAGCAUCUCCAGCACGAUGUUUCCGACACCCGCAUGCGUUAUCUGUCGAUCGUCAAGUUCGCCUCGCCAGACUUCAAAGCCAAGCAGGCUAACCUGCAGGUGUCCAUCAAAAGCAACAUCGCCGCAGCGUUCGGUCUCCGGCCUCGCUCCGAAGUAUGGCUUCUUCCUGCUUAUUUCGAUGAUUGCACAGCCUCACAUGUCGAAUUCAGCUUCAGGGACACCUACAUGGCCAGGUCUGACAUGUGGCGGCUUGUGGGUCAAGAAUUAGCAGGCAAGACAGUCUACACAGGUCAAAAAAUCACCUACUUGGGGACCAUCCGGCUUACCGUGAAGUCAAUCCAUGUCCAAAACCACAAAGUGCCCACUGCCUAUUUUGCUGGAACCACUGUUCCUAUCUUCCGCAGCGAAGCUGCACGAUACGUGCUGUUCAUACAAAUGUCUAGCGAAAUGUGGGACUUUGACUCUGAGGGCAAUGGCGAAAUCAUGUUUAAUCGAGUGAUCAAUGGCUUUUUACCAGAGCUGUUCAAGCGUUGGACAGAGCUGGACGUCCGUCAUCUAGUCAGCAUCGUCAUGUUUGGUCGUUUGGAAUAUGAUCGGUUUGAUCUAGCCAGAAAUAAGGACCGAAGAAUGGAAACUGCUUCAGUGACAGGGUCUCCCAAUAUGACUGCACGAGAUUAUCAAGACUUCUAUCGUGUGGUUGUAACGGAUAUGGCCAGCGCGCAGUGGACGACUAUCCUCAAUGAGCUCAAGAAGGACUUUCGAGUCUUUUUGAGAGACAUCUCACUGCACACAUCAAACAACAAUGAAAUGGCAAUCAAUGACGCAAAGUUAAACGGAACACGUAUUGCAGGACGACCAAGCACGGCCUUGAAGGGCAAUAUCUUGGAAGCUAUCAACAUUGCUUGCACCCAGUUUGCGAACGACUAUGUUGAUCGUGACCUUAUUCGAACCGGAGUGUCAGUUGUGGUCAUCACAGCAGGGACUGGCGUCUUCGAGGUCAACAGAGAUCUGCUGAACCUGACGUCGCAAAAUUUGACCAACAAUGGGGUUGGAAUCGACAUCGUGUGCUUAUCAAAGAUGCCUCUACACUCAGUACCGUUGUUCAAGUAUCGAAACACUGCAGUGGAGGAAUCUGUUCACCUUUCCAUACCUACAGGUCUGAACGUUAGUCCUCGGAGAUCGGGGUCCGGCCCAUCCUUUUGUGACUCCAUUCAACCUCGAAAGUUGUCUCCUGCAUUCUCCUCCAUGACGACAAAUAGUCUUCGAUACUUCACUAGCCAUAUUUCGGGACAAACCCGUGACGGACUCCAUGGGUGGUGUUUUGGCAUCCCCCAAUGGAUCGACCUGUCAUACUGGUCGCCUGAGAAUGAGCCUGCAGAGACUAAAGAGGGUGCAGAGGACACCAGAGAUAAGAGCCAGCUUCAGAGGAAGAAGCUGCCUUUCGUUCCACGCGUGAGAAUGUACGAAAUUCAGAUGAUGGGUUUGAUGGAGCUGGGUCUUGCGGACAUGAGCAUUCCAUUUAUGAACGAAACACAAAAUCCGAUCGGACGCCGGCUGAGCCGCAGAAAGUCCCAAGCGCGACGUUCAAGUGCGGCAGGGAGCUUGUCCCACUCACCAAAGGUAUCACGCAAAAGUCGAUCGUUCCUCGAGUCUGGUCGCUCCGGGCAAGGUCUUCUUUCUACUCAUGCCAAAGCCUUGGGGGAUAUAUUCGACCGUAUGGAGAAAUAUGACUCAACAAUAUUCCGCGCACGGCCAAACCAUCAAUCACUGGCCAAAGGCCUCAAACAAUCUUCUAGUCUCGAAAAAAGCAAUGAAUAUGUGGCCACGAAGCUUCCGAACAAGGUCCAGCCCUCUGUUGAAGAGUCAAAAGUCGGAUCCAAACUGACUAAGGUGCUCUCCAACAAGCCUCUCAAUACGCCAUUCCGCCCUCAACUACCCUCUCUGAACUCGGGAGAUGCGUCUGACGCAUUGUUUGGGAAGAAGCACCCAUCUACUGCUCCAAAAGUGAAUCGAAAUCUGAGCUAUGCCUUGCGUGGUCUUGCUCCUCCAAUCAGAGCCGUGGCUAGCACCGAGGUGAACACAACUAAUGCUCAGGCAUAUCCGACCUUAAUCAAGCCUGGCACAGUUGCUCCACGCCCUGCCUCCGGCACGUCAGCAGCAAGUAUUCGGUCGGUGUCGACCACCAGUGCGAUGAACGAGAGGACUUCGAACGGCCAUCCAGAUAAUGAAAUUGCAUACCAAGCUACUGGUCGGGUAGGCGGUAUGCCGUCGAAGCCCAUCUCGAUCAAUACACCGAUAAGGAAGCAGCAUGACGAUGGUCUUGCAGAUUCGCAUCGAACAGGCUCGACAUUGCGCAAUUCCAGAGGUCCUCCCAGCAUUUCUAGGGCGGAUUUUGCGGCCGAUCAACAUUCUGGGAGUGGCUCGUCGAUAUCAUCUGGGAAUGAUGAUGAAGACGACAAUGACAGUGUCGAACAGGCUGCCAGUUGGCUAGGAACCUCAGUUGCUAGCUCCGUACCAAGAAGCAACCUUCCUUAUGUACGCAACGUCAAUGCUUCGAACCCCCUGAAACGACACCCGGAGCGAGAAUCUCUAUUCGGAAGAUGGCAGCAUUUGUAUCCACGAAAGCCACGGGCUUCAAUCGUGAAAUGGCGAUCGUUGUGCACUCCUGCAUCGGUGCCGUUGACAACAUCAGACUUCCCCUCUGGGCUGGAACUCGAAUUGGAGUACGAUGUUGUGACCUACGACGUGCACCUCGAACAUCUAAAUGACAUGCUUGAAGUUCCCGAAUCUCGAGACACGCUGCUCCGAGAGAUGUUGGCAUUGAGGUUCUCCCACGGUUAUCAACUGGUAGUGGGGCAAGGCCUGGUCGAAGCUGUCGGUCCUGGCACAUGCGACAGCUCCUCAUUCUUCACGCCCGACGUGGUGCGACCUGACGGGUCAUUCAUCUUUUUGUACAUGGGCAACACCAUCCAGAAACUGUCUCUCGAACAGGCAGAUCGUAUUCGUGUCACCAAAUACGUCCGUAAGUUCCCUACUGUGCAACCUCCAUAUUCUCAGCAGAUAAAUUAUCAUCCCAACAUCAGGACCAUUCUAUCCGAAACGUAUGCGAUACGACCGAUGCAAUUUCAAGGAUUCUCGGAACAGUAUCCUUGGGAAGCUGCAGACAAUCACCUUGCCAACUCCAGAGCACAGGCGGACGCAGACGUCAAAGCAUUGCGAUUCUGGCGUGCACGUUUCGUGCUGAUACCAGUCGAGCCGCCCGCCAGUGCUCGAAGAUCUGCGCCAGCGGAAGUCGAAGAGAAUGAAGAGGAAAUUCAUUUGCGGGGAAUUCGAGCAUUGACGCAAAUGUGGCAGAAGGCUCGCUAUGUCCCACCUGACGAACGAAGGCCGGCUCAUAACCGUCUCAGCACAAUGAAACGAAAGGAUCGUAACCCCUUGAGGAUCAAUUUGGAGACUCUCAAUCCGUCUGAGCUGGUGGCCACCGAACUGGAUAAGCUCAUCGCCGCAGAGGAAGCAGGAGAAGUGCAAACUACUCAGCUACUGUCAGAAGAAGAACAGUUCGACAGAGACAGUUUUAGCUUAACGAAGCUGGCACAAGCGUUGCAGAGUGAGAAGGGCAUCGAAAUCAAAACCAGACGAUGGCACCUGCGUCUGUACUACAGUUGUUUUAUGGGCGAAGACUUGACCAAUUGGCUGGUCCACAAUUUCAAAGACAUCGACACUCGUGAGGACGCUGUGGAACUCGGAAAUGAACUGAUGAAAGAUGACCUAUUCGAACAUGUUCAGGGUCGGCACAACUUCAAAGACGGAAACUAUUUCUACUCCAUCAAACCAGAAUGGCGAGCUCAGCGACCUGAAGCCAGACAGUCGUGGUUCCCUGCAAGUCGCAAAUCCGACCGGUCAAUACCUCCAACUCCGCUCAGCGAGCAUCCUCCACGUGAUUUUAUGGGCGGUCGAUCACGAUCAGGAUCUAGUCUCGCGAACCAAGGGCAAAUCAGUUCUGAGCUAGCCAAGUCGCUGGUUGACAAGAAGAGGAGAACAGUUACUCUCAGCAAGAUGAUCCGGAUAGAUGUUGACACAAGAAAGCGUUCCAACAGACCCGAGAUCAUCAAUUUACACUACGACAGACUUCACAACCCAGAAAACUGCUAUCACCUCGAGCUCGCAUGGCUCAAUGUGACAUCCAAGCUUGUCGACGAUGCUAUUGUUAGCUGGACAACUCAAGCUGAGAAAUAUGGGUUGAAACUUGUUGAGGUGCCUAUGGCCGAGGCAGCUGAAGUCCCAGAGCACGAACCGUUCCGUGCGCCAUAUCGCAUCAAAUUGGCCAUUGAGCCUCCUCGUCCACAAUCACAAAGCAACGCAUACUUCACCGCGACUUCCUUUGGACCACAUGCGCCUCUUAACUCAGAUGUUCACCUCUAUCAGAAAGCCCUGUUGAAAAGGUUCAACUUCGUGCUGGACCUUGAAGCAGCCUCGGAAUUUCCCGAAAACGUCGAGGUCAAAUACUCCUGGGGCACGAUGGAUUACAGGUACACUCAAUUUGUGCAUCGGUCGGGAGUGAUCCUCGCUCAGAUCACGGACGAAGGCGACGUUUUGCUGCUUGCCAACAGGCUGUACAACUCGCGUCUAGCCUCGACCAAAGACACUUCGUCGAAAUUUGACAGCAGCAAGAAAGACACUACCGCCAAUGGACCAGCCUCAAUGCUUCGACCACCGCACAUCAAUACCACCCUACCGACUCCAAGCAUGCAAGCUUCCGGCAUUAUUGGAUUGAACGUCCAAUCCCCCAAGACAGGACCAUAUUCCUCACCAAUGAUCCGCCCUCUGUCAAAUACACCGCUUCUACCGCUGAUCCCGGGUUCAAGUCUGUUGGGGACUUCAUCGUCAUUACAGCCUUUAACACCACAGUUCACAGCCGAUGUCUUCGGCAGUGCCCGCCAGGCACUGAUGACGAGUACCUUGUCACAGUAUGUCACGCCCGAGCAGAUCAAGGAUGGCUUGGAAAGAUUUUGUUGUGACAAAGAGUGUCUGGAGGAGUUUUACAGAGAGGUUACAGCGACGUUGCCUACAGCGCCGCCACCGCUGGGACGGGAUCGGAAGGCUGGAAGUGGUGGGACCAGUUCGAGUUUGUUGAGGCCGAUUCGAGAGCCUGAGACGGAAGGGGGGAUACCGGAAUUCAAGUUGCCUGAGCCGGUUAGUUCGGGGAUGAAGAAGCGUGUGAAGGUGGAUGUUGAUGUUGGGGAUGGUGGGAAGUGAUCGACAGGCAGUAAAGACGCCGGUGCAAUAUAUCGAAUCCUGAUCUACUGGGUUGAAGUGGGAGCUCAUGGAUAGGGUCUAGUAAUUGGCGCUUUGGCAGUGACUCAAGCUUGAAUUAUGAUUUUGCAGAGUAAGCAAUGGUGGCGCGAGGUUGGUUUAUAUUUGGCAUCUGACAUGGAAAGAGAAUGCAUCUUGAGCAACUUGAGCAACUUGAGGGCAAGGGAUGUGGAAAGGGAUGUACCAUGAUGAAUACAGUAGUAUCGAAGGAAAUCCAUAUGAAGACUUGUGAGUCGUACCUGAU